UGCGUCCAGUAGGUGGCAGCACUCAAACACUAUGGACAACAUUCAGUAUGUCUUCUGCUGCCCUGUCCUGAAGCGCGUGCUGUCCUGUGUUGUUUACACCACUCAAACACUCUCCUUCAACUAACCAAGAGCUUGUGCUGUGUUCGUUUUGGCAGGUUUAGGAGCGAGAGCUCCUCGCUAUGUCAUGCAUUAUGAGUGUGGAUGUGAAGAAACUGAAAGUGAAUGAGCUGAAAGACGAGUUGCAGAAGCGUGGGCUGGACACCCGAGGCCUCAAAGUGGAUCUGGUGGAGCGGCUGCAGGAGGCUCUGGAGGCUGAAAAGGAACCCACCUGCAAUGAUGAGACUGAAGCAGGUGUUGCAGAGGCUGGGAAUGAUGAGUGUUCUGACCAAGGGCAGAUGGCUGCUGAGAAAGAGGGCUCUGAUGUAGACCCCAGUGUUUCUGAAGUCUCUAAAGAUGAAAAUAAACCAGAGACCGCUGAGACGAUCUGCAAAAAGGUGGCACCAGUAAAGGUGAAAAAUGAGGAUGAGAUAAAGAUGGAACAACAAGAACAGCAGCGACCGGCCUCCGGCAGUGAAUUGGAAGAUCUGGAGAGCCAGCAGAAUGCAGAGAUCAAGACCGAACAGGACAGACGUGCACAUUAUGGCCACAAGAGGCGCUAUGAUGACACCCACAGCCAUUAUGAACACCGUGAAGACAGGAGGUCCCGCUCACCUCUGCCAUCUGCUGAAGAGGAUGAGGAAGACUUUGAUGGCACACUGGUAGUCAUUGACACUUAUAACUGUGACUUGCACUUCAAAGUUUCUCGGGACCGUUGCAGCGGCUGUCCUUUAACCAUUGAGGGGUUUGCUUACCUAUGGUCUGGAGCGCGAGCAGCGUAUGGUGUAAACAAGGGACGCGUGUGCUAUGAGCUGAAGGUUAUGGAGUAUAUACCAGUCAAGCAUCUUCCCGGCAGUGAGCCUGACCCUCAUGUCGUGAGAGUCGGGUGGUCUCUGGAUUCCUGCAGCACACAGCUUGGAGAGGAGGCGUUCUCUUAUGGGUAUGGCGGAACAGGGAAAAAGUCUACCUGUUGCAAAUUUGAAGAUUAUGGAGAGAAAUUUGGUGAAAGUGAUGUCAUUGGAUGUUAUAUUGACUUUAACAGUCAUGAGCAGGUGAAAAUGGCUUUCUCAAAGAACGGGAAAUGGCUUGAUGUGGCAUUUCACAUAUCUAAAGAAGAACUGGCUGGUCGUGCACUGUUUCCUCACGUCCUUGUGAAGAACUGCUCUGUUGAGUUUAACUUUGGCCAGCGAGCGGAACCUUUCUUUCCUUUGCAAGAUGGGUACACUUUGAUUGGGGCCGUCAACAUAGAGAACAGGGUCAGAGGAACUGUUGGUCCCACCAACAAAUCUGAUUGUGAGGUACUGAUGAUGGUUGGUCUUCCUGCUUGCGGUAAAACCACAUGGGCCUCUAAGCAUGCAGAGAUGAACCCAGAGAAGAAAUAUAACAUCCUGGGCACAAACGCCAUUAUGGAGAAAAUGAAGGUGAUGGGAUUGCAUCGCCAGCGAAACUAUGCUGGGCGCUGGGACAUCCUGAUUCAGCAGGCCACUCAGUGCCUGAACCAAAUGAUCCAGAUUGCUGCCCGCAAAAGACGGAACUACAUCUUGGAUCAGACAAAUGUGUAUGGAUCAGCCCAGAGACGAAAAAUGCGUCCUUUUGAAGGGUUUCAACGCAAGGCUAUUGUAAUUUGUCCCGCGGACGAGGAUUUAAAAGAGCGAACUUUUAAGCAAACUCACAAGGAAGGAAAGGAUGUGCCUGAUCAUGCUGUUUUAGAAAUGAAAGCCAACUUUGCGCUGCCAGAGGUUGGAGACUUCCUGGAUGAAGUGACCUUCGUUGAGCUGCAAAAAGAAGAGGCUGAUGAGCUGGUCAAACGCUACAACGAGGAGGGCCGGAAGGCCGGGCCUCCACCUGAGAAACGCUUUGAUAACGGGGGACACCGUAGACACGAAAGCGGCUUCCAGCGGUACGACAACCACAGAGGGUCGAGAGGAGGCCAUCAGAACAGAGAAGGACCUGGAGGAAGCUACAGGGGAGGUUAUAACCGUGAUGGCUACAAUCAGAACCGCUGGGGAGGGAAUCACAGAGACGGGCGAGAUGGAUACAGCAGCAGCCAUCAGUCUGGAAGAGUCUACAAUAGCAACCGCUAUAGCUCCUAUAACAAAGAGGGAUAUAACCAAAGCUAUAAUCAGGGUUACAAUCAAGGGUACAACCAGGGCAACUAUAGCCAGGGAAACUACAACCAAGGCUAUAACUACAACCGAUACCCAGAUUAUGGGCAAGGUGACCAUGACGAUCGAGGAUCUGGACAAUCUUAUAACCAGCAGAACUACAAUCAGCAAUAUCAACAGCAGUGGCAGCAGUAUUAUCAGAAUCAGAACCAGUGGAGCCAGUACUACGGUCAAUAUGGGAAUUACUCUGGACAGCAGGGCAGCCAGAGCUCACACGGCUCACAGUGAACAGGAAGUACGCUCCGUUGUCACAGACAACAUGUUAAAGCUUCUGUACUUAAAAUACAUCCUUUCACUUUAACUACCAUUAUUUCAUUUAUUUUCUCUUUCGUACAUCUUGUUAAACCAUUUGCAUGUUUUUCCAAGACAUAGUAAGCUGACUGUAAAUGAUAGUCGAUUGAACUAAAUGACUCAGUGUAAACUUCACUGAUGCAAUUAUACUAGUUAGCAUUUGAAAUAAGAGCAGAGAUAUGACUGAUUUCUAGUAUCAGUCAUAUCUCACAGUUUCUACACCUGCAGGAUGUUUGUGGUACUACAACUAGAAGAACCUCACAAUAAUAAUAUCUGAGAUACUAUUAUUGUGAGGUGCUUCUAGUUGUAGUACCACAAACAGCCUGCAGGUGUAGAAACUGUGAGAUGCUUCCUCAACACUGAUUGUUUUGCCAAAAACAAGUUUUGUUUUGCCUUAAUUCCAUUUAUUUUCGAAAUGUAGAUGCUUGUCAUAUCAACUAUUUUGAGUCUUAAUUUAACACAUUAAGACGUGACAGUAAAACGCAUGUUUUUUGUUUAAAUUGUAGUUGUUCAGUAUUUAAUAUACUCAUUGCCAUCACAACCACACAAGAUGAGAAGAUGAAGAAUGUUGCAUUGAGAUAAUACAAAAUGCUAACCGUUAUUAAGAGUGUUGAUGAUCAUACUGUUUUUUUUCGGA